AUGACAAUGAUGAUGCAUAAUUCAUACAAGUCAUCAUCUCAAUUCAAAACAUCUCUUGACAACUAUCCAGAAUUACAAACAUAUCAAGCAACGCCUGAAGAAAAAUGCAAGACUAUCGUCAACUCAAUAUUCUAUUUGCUGAUUACAAUUCUGAUUGGAGUACCUUUAUGGUGGAAAACUACUACACCAUAUCACGCUUCAUUGCCUUAUAACGAGAUUCAAAUAUUAAGCUCGCGUAAAAUUGAGAUAACUGUACCAAUCAAUGUGCUCAAUUUUCAUGCUGAACUUGAUGAUCGAAGUCUACACCAAAUCAGUGAAAUAUUUACCCGUUUUAAUUUGGAGCAGCAAGCAUUUACGGUGACAGAUGGCUCUGAUGAAAUUUUAAUGAAUUAUCAUGUAAAUACCAGACAAAUGAUGAAUCAUUUAGAAAUCCGAACAUAUACAAAGUCGCUUUCAAAUGAUAUUCUUAGCUUUUGGUUAACAUUUGAAAAAAAUUUAAGCUUAUUGAAUGCUUUCGAUAUAAAAGACACUCCGAAGAGCUUUGAAAACGAUCAUCUUAUUGAACAAAGAAGAAACAGCAGUUCAUCUGUUUAUCAUUUUCUAUUAUUACCAAUGGUCAAUAUUGAUAAUUUAUGGUUAGAGGGGAUGAAUUUUAACAAAUCUACUACAUCAGUGAAACCAUUUUCAAUUAUUAGAAAUUUAUUACAUUUGAAUUUAAUCUACAUUUUUAUUCCACCGACAAUUAUGUCAAGUGAAAAUAGUCAACUUCCAGAGGUAUUAGCAUUACAUAUGAAAUAUUUAUUAGAUAAUGUUUUGAUACAAACCAAUCAUCUUAUGAAACUUGUACGAAAAUACGAUAAUCCUGCAAAUUUGUCCCCUGGUCAGUACAAUCAAAUCUCGAAAAUUAUAGAUAAACCAUUGUCUGUAUCUAGUAUGUACGAUGUAACUGUUACAGUGCUUACACUCGAUGAUUCUGUUUCACAAUUAGUAGAAGAAUCUAAUGAAAUAUCGGUUUGGACUAAUGAAAUGUUGAUAAAUCCUAUACCAUGGUUAAAAGCACACGUAGGAUCAGCUUUUAAAAAUUGGUCGCCUUUUGUUCAAGUCGAUUUCUAUUCACAGAGACUUUAUGGAGUUAGUGCUGAACUGUUGAAAAAAAGUCAAUUGUCAAAAACCGGAAACUAUACAUUUUAUUCUCAAGGUGAUAUAUCCAAUCUGAUUAAUUAUUUAGAAUCAUUUUUGGGACCUCCUCAAACAGCGUAUGCAGAUAAUCUCGAUGUGGCUCGUUCUAAUCCAGGUCUACAUCUUUUUUUGUUAUUAAAUACUUUUAAAAGAAAUAAUUCACACGGAGUUGACUGUCCCUUACCUUUAAGAUUUCAUAUAUCAUCAUAUUCAUCUGUAGUAAUAACUGACUAUGCACUUGUACCUCAAUGGGGUGGUCUACUUUCUAUUGAUGCUUCUGAUUGUAUGACAAGGACUGGAUCAACCAAGAUGAUUGCACGAAAAAUUAUUUAUGUGAUACGUUCAAUAUUAGGUUUUCCACAAAUCAAAGAAAUGUAUUUUGAUCGGGAUGAGGAUAAUAGUCACACCUAUCAUAUUCAAUCUAACAUGGACUUAAAUGGUCAAACAACGAAUUGGGAGCUUAACUUGUGGUUUCUUCGACGAACUAUUGAAUGUCUUACUGAGACAAAACGAACUAUUGAAUCAUUAAUAAACAUACUACAACGCCUUCCAAACAUGAUUAUACGAGAUGAUGUUGCUCAUGAAGUAUAUCACUCAUGUUCGAAUUGGUCAUUAGCUCUUGACAAUCUCAAAAAACCAGAUGAAAUAAACAAUUCAGCGUCGUCACACGAGAUUAUGUGCUCCUUUGGUGUUACAUUCCAAUAUGCACAUAAUGCUUUAAUUUCUUCAAAUGGCGCGUUUUUCGACCACAGCUUGCUUGGUCUUUUAUAUUUCGAGGAUGACCAAAAAUAUGGUAUUUAUACGCCGCUUUUCGUACCAAUUGGUUUCGCCUUAUUCCUGUCAACGUAUCGAACAUUUAAACUAGUAUUCCGUCACAAAAACUAA